AUGGGUCCGGUUAACGUUAGUGUUGGGGACGAUAAAUUAGAAACUGAAACUCUCAACUUCUUGUGUUUCUCGCACCAGAGUUACCCUAUUCGUAUUGUUCCAAUCGCUGGUAGGAAUAGAUUGGACGAACAAUACUCUGGCACGCCGAUCGAAAAGCCGGAUUCUGGCAGAAAGAAGGGAACGCUACUUAGUCGGGACGAAAAUGGCGGUAACAUCACCUGGAAUGACAUUCAAAAGCAUCAUCCAGACUUAACAGAGUCUAGACUAAGAACUGUGCCGGAUGGACAUGUUCUUUUUUUCUGGGCUUCUUCAGCAUUCCUCAUCGUCGAAAGACCCGAACAUACUGGCUCGGAAGCCGAGAACAUCGCAAUUUAUGGCUCACCAAUAUUGCCGCCUGAAUCAUCGAGCAUAGAUGAGGCGAACGGAAUCGUGAAGACGCCCAGGGCAGCUGUGAAGUCGACAGGGGGGCUUUUAGUGGGGACCGUGGACAGGAUGGACCAAGAACACUGGAAUUCAUUGCCAAGCCCCUCGGGCCUCCAAGAAUUUGUUGUCAUCGGGCGAAAGGAGGUUCAAGAGAUGGCAGAAGUCUACCCGCCCUAUGUUGUAGCCUUGCAGAUCCGUUGGGAGAACGGUAUUGCUUAUCGGGUGAAUAUCGCCGAGUUCAAGGAAUUGGACUGGAUAAAGGCCCAGCCGACCUGGAAAAUGUUCCCACUCAUGUAG